AUGUGCUUAAGCUGGAUUCAAGCAUGCACCGCCAUACACCUGCUGUGGAGUGUGCUGUACAUAAGCGUUGGCGCUGUUCAAAUAGUAGCAGGCAUAUUUUUCCUAUUCACAAUACCUGUUCUCAGAAUAGGAUCAAACAUAUGGACAGGGUCUUGGAACGUGUUCUUUGGUGUAGGAGGAGCAGUUUUCUCGUGUGUAGGUGAUUGGACUACGGCCAAACAACGAGGCCUUUUAUGCCUCACUGUGUCUAUCCUGAUCAUGAACAUCGUAAAUUUAAUCAUAUUAGAAAUCGGAGAAUGGAGAUACCUAACACCUGAAUCGGUCAAAGAUAGCAUGUCAAGAGAAGGAUUGGAAACGUUAAUUUUAUAUGCUCGUUACACUACCAGUAUAAGCACAUUAGUAGCCAUAAUCGGUGCAUUUUUAGAUUCGCAGAUAACGUUUUGUUGUAUGCUACGUGUGGAUAAAACACAACAAAAUACAGAACCAGAUAACAAUUCAGAUGUCGAUUACAUUAUGCCAAGGGUUAAAUCGGAGUGCGUGUUGCGGUCGAAUAGUACCGCCAGGAAAACGUCGGACAACAACUACGGCCGUUCCUGGGUGUUUGAAGCGGACGGCACGGCGGGCCCGGGCGGCUGUCCCCCCACGUACGCAUCCACGGAAUCGCUGAGCGCGCUCGACCACCGGCUACCUGCUACAGCGGUGGUGACGGCGGGCUCGGCCGUGUGCAGCCGAACGGUGACGCUGAAGCGCAGGGCCAAGCCGGUGACGCCGGUGGUGAUCGUCGAGAUGGACGGCACGGGCGGCCGGCCCACGCAGCUAAUGACCAGUUUCUCGCGGACACCGUCGCCGGUUGGCCUGUCGGAGAGCUCGUCUCAGGACUCGGUGUCCGCGGCCACCGUAGCCAACGCACCAAUUUACGAGUGCCUGGAGAAGCUGACCGAACCGUCUGUGUACAGGUCCCGCUUGAACACCGCCCUGUCGGCCAGCAUCCAGGAGGCCAUCGCGUCCGGUGACCGGCCGCCCCGGAGCCUGUCGCCCAGGCCGCCGCCCGCCGCCGAGCCCGUCCAGUACGCGUCACUGAUGGAGGAGUUGCAGAAGACCAUCGGCAACAGACUCUCCAAACACGUUGAAUCGCCCGAAGAGAGAUUCAAUGCUGAUUUGGACGACGCACUACAAGACAUCCAAGAUUUAGAAUCUCCAAAUGGCAACAGCAAUGACCGGACGGAUGACAGUAGCGAUAGUGACGCAGCCAGCAUGAAGACCACAAAAACAGUAAUACUGAAUGGUAAGAACGCUGAUGACUUAGGUUACGUAUCGAUGCGCCAAGAUUGCGCACACUUGUUGAGCGUGUACGACCAAGUAGAAUGUGAAUUGCCAGAAGAACUGCCCGAAGAGACAAACAACAACACCAUUGGGUUGGAUGUCACGGUUAAGACUUCUAGUAAAGGUUGGAAGUCGUUGUCAACAAUGUUAAAACGAAAACAUAGAGCUGCUCUAACUUUAAUACCCGAGAUCGAAGCAUCCAUUAUAAAAUCUGAAUGUUUGGCGUACUUGUCGGAAAAAGAAUUGAUUGAACGAUACGACCGUAAUAAAUUGGUACACAGGCAAAUCGAAGAAAAAGUGUGGAAACAAAUUAACGGUGCUUCGGAGACCGAUUCCCCUUGCUGA